AUGUCCCCAUUCUUCAUCACCGAGUUGGGACUGUCCUUUGUGUACCUGAGUGUCUUAGAGGUCUGUUCACUUUCUUUGAAACAUUAUUAUUUGUGUAAACCCGAAGACAACAUCUACAGUAUUGAUUUCACCCGCUUCAAAAUUCGCGACUUGGAGACAGGGACAGUGCUGUUUGAGAUCGCCAAGCCCUGUGUCUCAGACCAAGAGGAGGAGGAGGAGGCAGGUGGGGAUGUGGAUACCAGUGCAGGACGCUUCGUCCGCUAUCAGUUCACACCAGCAUUUCUUCGCCUCCGGACAGUCGGGGCUACGGUGGAGUUCACCGUGGGAGACAAACCUGUGUCAAACUUCCGGAUGAUCGAACGGCACUACUUCCGGGAGUGCUUGCUGAAAAACUUUGACUUUGAUUUCGGCUUCUGCAUCCCCAGCAGCAGGAACACUUGUGAACAUAUCUACGAGUUUCCCCAGCUUUCUGAGGAUGUCAUUCGUCUGAUGAUUGAAAACCCCUACGAGACCCGUUCUGACAGCUUCUACUUUGUUGACAACAAGCUGAUAAUGCACAACAAGGCCGACUACGCCUAUAACGGAGGCCAGUGACUGCGGGGCUGGACAGGGGAGUGCUCUGCUGCCGCCCAUGGUCCUGGCGCCUGGAAAUGGUUAAAGCUGCUGUAUGUCACGCACCGGGGACCUGGCCCCAGGGAGCCACAGCUGGGGGGCAGUUUCCGGUGCUCCGAGAGAGGUGCCAAGCAGCGCUGUGUUUCCUCCCCCAGUAUUUUCUCUUUCUUCUUUUCCCUGCCCUUUAGGUCAGAGGUCCUAUAUAGUAAAGAUUAGGAUAAGGUCCCUCAAAUCCAGAUUGAAAAAGAAAGACUAUUUUCAUGUAGUCAUAGCGGCCUAGUGGUUGUCCUGACCAGCCUGUGUGUCUGCAGGGCUGUGCCAGGCGAGGGGGCUCAGGCCUUCUGUAGGUUCCCGGGUGCCGUGAGCUGUGAGAGCAGCCUCUUCGGCUCCGUCUCUUAUUCCUGGUGUUGCCCUCGGCACCAUCUGACCUCAGCCUGUGCAUAGUUAGAAACCAAAUGGAAAGAAACUUGAAAGGGGGUGAGGGGAGGAGUGGCGCCAAGAGGUGAGGCACGAGGCUGGUAAGGCUGCCACGCCGCAGGGCCCACUGUAUGGAGCGGCUGCUCACCUGUCUGACCGCACGGUCCCAGGCGGCCCUCCCGGGGCCCACAAGGUGUCAGCUGGCACCUUCCGACCUCGUUCUGAGGGGAGAGGAGCUUGCCUGCUUCGGGCUCCUGACUCAAGUACCUUCUGAAACGGAACGUCAUCUCUCUCGAGGCCGAGCAGCCGGUUUCGCUUUUGGAAGUCAUCUCUCUCGAGGCCGAGGAGGCCCCGUUGUAUGUCUCUUUUUCCAGGCUUCUUUUUGGGAGGUUGUAUGAAAUGUCAGGGGUGGUUCUGGCGUAUGUGACGUGCAGUUAGACUUCCGAUAGCACAGUUCAGGCUCGUGGGGCUGCUCUGGCUCACACGGGGGCUGCUACAGUCACUGACCAGCAGCCGCUUCCAGGCCGCGUUGGAUUCCCUGCUCAGCAUGGCCGGGAGGGCUGGCUUUUAAUGGGGAUUUGCCUCUAAAACUCUGUGGACUUCUUACUUAGGGCCUCUCUGUCUGCCUUUCUACUGAGGUUGUUUCUGGAACCAUCCUGGCAGGUCAGAUCUAAGUAAUGCCUAUGGGUCCUUCAAACUGCCAGUUGGAAUCUUUUUGGGUGCGAGGCCUCUCAGCCUCUCACCGGUUCCGAGGAACGAGUUCUCAGAAAGGCUUCCUUGCACAUCCGGCUCCUUUGUCGCAGGCCUUGCCGGAGGCUCUCCCCACCUCCGCGCCCUGUGGUCUGGCCGGGCGGGUGACCCCGGGCUUGAAGGUCGCUGCGGUGGCCAGGCUUCAGCACCGAUAGGAAGGCCACUCGGGAGGCCCCAGGGGUGGGACAGUGGCUGGCGGGAGAGCUGUUUCCCAAAGCGCGUGGGAGGAAGGCCGAGAGGGGCCCGGGCAGGAAGGGCCAGCGCUGGGCCACAGGUGCCCUGUGCGUUCUGGGACCAGUGCUGUUCCCGUUUGGGUUCAGAGUGUGAGUGGUCUUGAGCCUCGGCGUGGUGCUGUGUGCCAGGCCAGAGUCCGGGCGGUGCCAGAUGCUGACGCUUUCUCACCGAGAAAGCCCUGGUUAGCCCUGUGUGCCAGCACCGGCUCCGACCAAUGAAGGGAGGGAGGUCCGGCACCCUGCAGACCGGGAAGUCUCAGCACUGGAGUGGAUACAAACCCAGGUGCCUUACGUGGGCUCUGCCCCACGCUGCUGGGGAGGCUGCCGCGCCCUCGCUCCCCCGGACAGCAGCCCUGCUCUUGCCCUCACCGUGGCUCCGCUAGCACCUCAUGCCUGUCGAGCUUCAGAAGCCCCGUCUGUGACGAGCCCAGAGCCCCAUCAGGAGGGUUCCUACCAUUUGAUGUUUAAUUCGCGUCAGGGUGUGGCUUCUGGAGCUGCCCAGAGCUCUGCUCUGUAGAGGGCGUCUUGGAAAUGUGUCCCAGGGCAGCCUGGGUCUGGCUUGAAUAGCGCUGCGUCCUCUUCCCCACUAGCUUGCCUUAGUCUCCCUGGAGACCAUGUUGAGGCCAAGUGCUCCCACUGCCCAGUAGGACAGGGUUGGCGUCCUGUGCGACUGCAGGUCUGGUGCUCUGUGCCUGAGACUCUGGACUCUUGGGUCCCGCUGCUCAGGGAAGCUUGAGAAGCAUCACCACACUGGGUGUUAACCAGGGUGAGUCUGAAGUUCACGUUUUUGUUCCUGAAUUGGGCAGAGAAGUGGAAGUCAUACUUCCUCUCAAAGUAUCUGAACCAAUCAAAAGUUGAAUCAGGGCUGGAGGCCAACACUAGUGAGGAACCUGGACUGUGGGUGAUACAAUGGGAGG